AGAGAGAGAGAGAGAGAGAGAGAGAGAGAGAGAGAGAGAGAGCGAGAGAAAGGACAGCCGUGGCUCAGAGGGGGUUACACACACAUCACUCGGGUGAGGGAAGCAGAGUAGGAAAAGAGAGGAGGGGAAAAGGAAGGACAAAAAAGAAGGGGGACACUGCACUGUUUGUUUUCGUUUUAAUUGCUUUGAAUAAGAGAAAAAACGCUGCUGCUUCUCUUUAAAUGCACGGAUAAAUCAUUGUAAACGGCUUCCAUUUUUUAUUUGAAGGAAAACAGUAGGCCACGAGGAAUACGCUGGAGUUUGAAGUCAUUUGAGCGUUUGUGGCUUACUUUCUAAAGCAGCAAAAGGAGACACGCGGUUUGCAGUCCUGUAAGUGCUUAGCGGCUUGAUAGUUUGUGACAACAAGACCAAGCGAAAAAAUCAAUCAAAUAUAGUUACUUUACAUUACUUUAGAAAUAUUAUCAAGUAGCUGCCAAAUGUCAUUGAGUUCUGCGAGAAGGAAUAAAUAAUAGCUCUAUUAGUGGCCUUAUAAAUCACACUGCUCAACGAACACGGGGAAGAAAACCCUAUCUACUUUACCAGCCGGUUAUUCACAGCAUAUAUUUGCGGACUAUGGCGGCGGUAACAAGUCCAGAAUCGAGCCAACCAGCUCGCGUUUACUUCCAGACGCCCCCCGGUUCAACCGAAGAAGCCGAGACCCCAGUCCGCAAGCAAGGACGGGUCACAGUGAAAUACGACCGGAAAGAACUGAGAAAGAGACUUAAUUUGGAAGAGUGGAUUAUUGACCAGCUAACGGAUCUCUACGACUGUGAGGAAGAGGCGAUCCCAGAGCUGGAGAUUGAUGUGGAUGAGCUGUUGGACAUGGAGAGCGAUGUAGACCGUGCCGCACGAGUCAAGGACCUGCUGGUAGACUGUUAUAAACCUACUGAAGAGUUUGUAGCUGAAUUGCUGGACAGGAUCCGUGGCAUGCAGAAGCUCAGUACUCCUCAGAAGAAAUGAAGCUCCUCCCACCUCCACCCCUCCUCAACCAAUCCCAUCCCUUCUUUUCCAAUUUUAGGGGCGUGUCUAUUCACCCCUGAGCAGGUGCUCAUCCAGUCCCGUCGCUCCUUUGCAUCCGUUGGGAAGGAGGUGGAGGCAAAGAUAUGGGAGAUUUAAUUAGAUCCUUAUAAGCAGGGCUUAUUUUUCUCAUUUUGUUGAUUUUUAUUUGUAUUAUUUUAUUGUGUUUCACUUUUUUUGUAAAGGGGGAAGAUUUCAUUGUUUUGAAAUGUUCUUAAAAAUAUUUUCAUGUUUUUUUUUUUUGUUUUUUUUUUUUUUUGUUUAUGCAUAGAAUGAUUUUAUUUUAUAAACUUGGAUUUUUGUUAGAAUUUUGUUUCUGGUAUCAAAGCUCCCUGCUCUUUCAAUGAACACAUGGACUAAACCCUUUGUGAAACUGUGACGAUCCUUGGUUUAAAAUGACGUCAGAGGAGAACAAACAGAAGCGGCCUUGUGGAUUUUUUUUUUUUCUCUCUCUCUAUUUUUGAUCCUCCUCUUCCUUGAAUGAGUGCAGGAACAUUUUUAAUUAAAAAACUAAUAAAAAGAGUGAUUAAAUCUGUUAUAAAUGAGGGAGUUACUUUGGAUUUGUGGUAUUAACAGGGAGGGAACUGUGUGUAGGGAAAAAAAAAAUGGGGCUUUGAUUUUCUUUAAUUUUCCCCUGUCUUACACAUGCCACACACACACAUACUCUCUGAAAUUCAUGGGCAUCACCACCCUCAGGGAUCAGGAGAAAUUACCACACACACACACACAGCUGUGGCUCUUGGGCCUCACACACAUCCACAGAUGUGAACACUGCCUCUUCCAGAGACAGAUAGGGAGGGACUGGAGGAGAGCAGGCUAGACAAGCUGCAGUGCGUCAUGGUCACUGCCAAGCGUACGUUUAGAAUUAAUCCUCUCACAUGACUCUCCUAAAUCAUCUCUCCCAGAAAGCCAUCUGCUCUUUUUGUCUCAGCCAAUCAAAUACUGUAAUAAGAGGGCUAAUAGUCUCACUCAGUGCUCUUGAACUUCACCAGUCCAACAUUUCCAGCAGGUGUUUUAGGAUAGGGAAAAACUAUCACAUAAUAACGCAUAUUAAUCAUACACUGAAGCUCCUCCACAUCCCAUCUGAGUUCACUUGUGUAUUACAUAAAGUCAGGUACAAUGACAAUUGUCCAGGACUCUCAACUGUUUUCUCUCUUUCUCUGCGUAUUGUUUUUCUUUGAGGCCUUAGGUUAAAAUUUGUUAGGACAACCAAAUGAAUUUAAUCAUGUUUGAGGAAUACACAAGAAAAAAGUAGCUGCAAAAGUGGAAAUCUUUUUGAAGUUGUAGGAUAAAAAAGGUUCUUGUACUUUCAGUGAUUCUGUUUUUUACUAGGAAAGGAAUUUGACUAUACAGAGCAUUUUUUAAGAUGCAUUAACAUCUGUUAACAAAAUGGAAUCCUCAAUUUUUAUCAUUAUGUGGACCUUGUAGUGCUGUUCAUUUCUGUUUUCCAUGUCCAUUUGGACUGUGGAGGACUGAAAGAAUCAACUGGACUCACUUACAUGAAUUAGGAAAAAUGUAAGCAAUUGUGAUAAUGGAGAAAAAAGUAUCUUGUAGCAAUACUAAAAAAAAUGUCUUGUUUUUUGCCCAAUUUUGUUACACUUUUAUGCAACUUUAAUAAAAAUAUGGUAAAUUA